GACGACAGACAGGUGGACCCAGGGUCCACCGGUCAGGCUAGCACCGUGCAAGUGUGACUUGAGUGGGUCUGGUUAGGUGUGUGGCGUUGUGUGUUUGUGUGUAUGGACUACUUAGUUCUGGCUUGUACUCAGAUCCAAAACAGAAAGGGAAAUAGAAAGAAACGUCUGAAUCUCUCUCUCGUUCUCUGAACUCUCUCUCGUUCCUCUGUUUCCCAUCCUCUUUCCCCUUCAAUCUACUAGAAAACUGUGAGAUCUCUUCCAAGGGCCUCACACGCCGCCUAGCAAUUGGUCUGAACCCUAGCCCUGGGCGACCUCCUCGCUGAGCCCUAGGCCUAAGCUACGGUGUCGCCUCCACUUCUCCGCAAUACGCCCUUUUCUUUUUCUUCGCCGUUGGAGGCGCCGCGGCUGAGGGAGAUGUGUGGUGGACGGCGGCGGAGCGGGCCGGCAGAAGCGCGGUGGAAGGCGGGGUGGUGGUGUUAAGGCUAGGCGGCAAACACACAUGAUGGGGCUGCACAGACAUGUGCGAGGUCUGUGCUGAGUGAGAGAUCUAGAGUGAGAUGAUUGAGAGAUUCAGGGAGAAAUUGUUGAUAUUCAGUCGGAUUAGGUAGAUAGAGAGUCUAUUUGUGCUUUCAGCUGCUCUUUGUGUUCUCUGAUUGAGGAUGAGCUGUUGUUAUUUGUAAUGAUCUAGAGGGCUUCAAAUGAUGUUGCUAUCUGUGUUUGCUCUUAUACGAUUGUGCUGCUGUCAUUUGUACCGAUUGUUGUUUUCUUGCGAUCCUAUGCAGAGUCUUCAAAUUAGAGUGGAGUACAACAUGUCGAUCUUGAAGAAUAGCUUGAACAACCUACCCCCACCCCUUCUGUGAAAGCAAGCUUGAAGAUGUAGGGGAGACGCUUUAGGAGAACUGCUAGAGUUAGACAACUUUGAGGAAGGAGGGUGCCGGGAUGUCGGUUGGACAUGGUCGUAAAACGGUGAUAGGGAAGAGAGGUGGACGCUACAAGUGGUAGAGGUCACAGAGAGGUGGCAUGUUGCUGCUCUCCAGCACCCUUACGAGUGGGAUGGCAUGGCCCAUGUCGCCGCACUCGCGGAGUUCACUGCUGCUUGAUGCUGUCAAGGUUGUCACCAGUGCAGCCCUCCGUCGCCACCCCCUGCAAUGAGAUUUAACCGUCUCCAUCCCUGUUUUGGAUGAGCCACCUGCUCUAUCUAAACUUAUUUUUAGAUAGACCCCUCUUCAUCGGCUACAAGUGAUGGCAAUGCUCAUUCAUUUAUGGGUGCAGGUUACAAAGACUUGGUGUUUGAUGGUUCAGAAGAGUUGUACGGUAACCUGAUGCUUUUAGAAUUCUAGGGGAUAAAGCAACACAUGAGAAUUUAGAAUUUUGGGUGCUUUUCAAUAUGUCUACAAGUAAAUAACUUUUGUAGGUUAUGUGUUUUUUACUUCCUGGCCUACUGUGUGGAUCUAGGUGUUUCAGGUUAUGGAAGAGUGCGAUGGGGGUAAACACGAAUAAAGUUUGGUGUGGAUUUUCACAAUUCUCUAAUUGAUUUGAAUAUACAUUGAGGUAUACUUUUCAUUGAGGGGAGCCUUGGCGCAGUGGUAAAGCUGCUGCCUUGUGACCAUGAGGUCAUGGGUUCAAGUCCUGGAAACAGCCUCUUACAGAAAUGUAGGGAAAGACUGCGUACUAUAGACCCAAAGUGGUCGGACCCUUCCCUGGACCCUGCGCAAGCGGGAGCUACAUGCACCAGGUUGCCCUUUUGAAGGGGAGCUUUGGCGCAGUGGUAAAGCUGCUGCCUUGUGACCAUGAGGUCAUGGGUUCAAGUCCUGGAAACAGCCUCUUACAGAAAUGUAGGGAAAGGCUGCGUACUAUAGACCCAAAGUGGUCGGACCCUUCCCUGGACCCUGCGCAAGCGGGAGCUACAUGCACCAGGUUGCCCUUUAUACAUUGAGGUAUACUUUUCUUCAACUUUGUUCAUGUGGUUAUUCUUUUCAUUCAGUUCUACAAGACCUUUCUUAGACGCAAUCAACAAUUUCCGAUUUGAUUACAUAACUUCAAGACAUUAUGCACAUGUAGUCCAUCCACACUUUGAGAAUGCUCAAAGCUCAUCAAUGCACCAACUUUUGAGAGACAGGGUACUUUCCAAGGGCCUCACAAAUGGUAUUCAGAGCCUAGAUCGCGUCCGUCUGCGCUCUCAAUCUCUUGAUUGGGCUGUAAAAUUCCACCGCGAAGGGUGUGAAAAUUUGUUCCACAAAUUUUCGCCCAAAAUCCCGGGCGGGGUUAGCCCGAUUUUGGAGCAAGCCGCAACGGCGCCGUCGAAGCAGCCGCUACCGUCCGCGCAGACCAAACUCGUCCUCGCUGCCAUGGGGGAAAAUUCCGAGAGUAUUCAGUCGACGUUGGCUACCUUGCUGACCAAGUUCGAGGCCAUGGAUCUCAGGAUUUCGAACUUGGGCAAGCAAAUCGAGGCGACGCAAGAGAACGUCGACGCGAUUCGUCAUCGUCAGGCGGAGGCAGGCGCUACUCCGACAGGAUCAGGUGUCACGGAGCAGGGCGCGACCUCCACCACUCUCCCCGUUCCGCGGCUUGCUAAUCUGCAGCCGCCGUUGCUGGGGACACCGGCAGAGCAUCAGGAAGGGCAGGUAUUCACCACAGCACCUCCCUUGCCUGUGGAGCAAGUACCAGGUCGGGAUCCACCUCCAGAAACGCGUCAACAAGUCAGGCCAGGGCGGGAGCAUGUUCCAGAACCUCGUCGGGAGUUUGCAGCGGCUCGCGAUCAGGACUCCCACGUCAAGCCACCCAAGCAUCACUUUCCCCGAUUUGCGGGUGAGAAUCCGAGGUUGUGGUUGGAUCAGGCACUGACCUAUUUCAACAUGUAUCGCGUGCCUGAACAUCACUGGGUCUCGACAGCAACAUUAUAUCUGGAAGGGCAUGCGGCAUUGUGGUGGCAGGCGUUCAAACAGCGUCGUCGUUUGUGGCCCUGGGAUGAUUUUGCAAUGGAGAUUGCACUGGAGUUUGGCCAAGGGGAGUAUGAAUCACACAUGACCAGAAUUUUGCAACUCAAACAGCUGGGUACAGUUACUGAAUACAAGACUGAGUUUGAGUCUGCAAUGUAUAACUUGAUCGCAUUGGACCCUUCCUUGAACUCGAAAUUCUUCAUUUCUCAGUUCGUGUUGGGUCUCAAGGAUGACAUUCGAGCAGCAGUGCGCUUGCAGUCUCCCACCAGUGUAACUCGUGCUGUCUGUUUGGCAAAAAUCCAGGAAGAGGAGCUCGAUCUGCAACGUCCUAGACAACGGUUCCAGAGACAUACACCAAUACAGACCGUGCCUGCUGUAAUCCAACCUGUUCAGCAAGCAGGCAAGAAAGCAACAGAUGAUUUUGGUCGUGAGAGACAGCUACGAGAUUUCAGAAAAGCAAAUGGUCUAUGCUUCAGGUGUGGAGAUAAGUACAGCAAGGAACAUCAAUGUAAGAAGCCUAUGCAGCUACUUACUAUACAAGUUGGUGAGCAUGGUGAAAUUUUAACUGAAGAUGCAGUGCAAGCUUUGGAAUUACUAACUGAACCCACCACAUCGGAGUGCUGUCAGAUUUCAGCCCAUGCUGUGUAAAUGACAUUUCUUUGCACAGAAUAAAGGGGUCUUGGCAGAGAUCCCCACUUUUGAACUUUUUCUGUUCAGACUUCAGAUCUCUAGAGUUUCGGUGAAGAAGAAAACUUGGUCUUAUUAUGUAUAUUUUUUACUGUAACUCUGUGGUUGCAAAAAAAAUCAUUUAGUAAAGGAGUACGACGUUUUUGUUGUCCUAUGACUGUGUAAACGACAUUUCUUUGCACAGAAUAAAGGGGUCUUGGCUACAGUGUGAGAUGCACAUGUCUGUGAA